AUGAGAUUAAGACAAACAAAGAUUCUUUUAAGAAAAAAUCUAAUUUUAAUUAAAAGAAGUUAUAGAGCAACAUUUAUUCAAUUGAUUGUACCAUUUCUAUUUGUCUUUUUCUUAUGGAUCCUUCAAUUUGGUAUCAAAGCAAAUGAAAAGAAUAGUGAUGCUUUAAAAGUUUAUGAUAAUCCAAUACCAGAUCAAAUUGGAAAUAUACCAAGAUGUAUUAUAGGUCCAGAUUUGGAUUAUUGUUAUACAGUGGCAUAUACAACCAAUACACCAGUUGGUGAGUUUGUAAUCAAUGAAAUCAAACGUAAACAAAACAUUCCAGAUGAUGAAAUUAGAGUGUUUGCCACUUCAGAUGAUAUGGAUGUAUUUAUUGAUGAGAAUCAUAAUAGUACAACUGCUGCCAUUUCAUUUAAUCUCACUUCAACCAAUCAACUUCAUUAUUCUGUCAUGUAUAACAAAUCAACUGUCUAUAAUGAAGCUAAAGAGAUCCUAACUCAAACUUAUAUUCAAUUGCCUUGGAUUCAUGCUAUUGAAUUUGAAUUAACAAAAAAUAUAACAAAUAAUAAUAAUUUAAAAUUUAAUGUUGAUUUUAUAGAAUAUGCACAUCCAGAAUUGGUGAUUAGAGAUGUUAUUGGUGAUAUGGGACCUGUAUUUUUCUUUGCAGCUUUAAUGUUUAAUGUGGUCAUUCAACUUGGUCAAAUUGUAAGAGAAAAGGAAUUAAAGUUACGUGAAGGUAUGAAAAUGAUGGGUCUCCAUGACUCUGUCUAUUGGUUCACAUGGACUCUUACCAACAUUGCCACCAAUAUUGUAUCGGCCUGUAUCUUGACUGCCAGUGGUUACAUUUUCCAAUUUGAUUUCUUUAAAAGAAAUGAAUUCCCAACCUUUUUCUUUGUAUUUAUUCUCUUUGGUAUAUCAAUGGUUCCAUUUGUAUUUUUCUUAUCAACUAUUAUUAAACGUUCAGAAAUUGCUACAUCAAUUGGAUUUGUAAUAUUUUUAGCAGGAAUUGUAAUUCAAGGAUUUGCACCAACAGCAUUCCAAGAGAAUUUCUAUGCAGCUGUUAGAGUUAUAUUAUCACUUUUACCAUUUGCUCUGUUGUCCAAGGGUAUUGGAGAUUUGUCUGCUGCGUCGGCAGGUAGUCAAGCCAAUGGAUUAAAGUGGUCCGAGAGAUUUGACAAUGAAUUCUUUUCAUUGCAAGAUGUCUAUAGUUGGUUCAUCUUUGACUUUUUCUUUUAUUUCCUCAUUGCUCUCUAUUUGGACAACGUACUAAAAGGAUUAUAUGGCGUUGCCAAGGGUCCAUUCUUCUUCCUCCAACCAUCAUAUUGGAGUUCAAAACCACAAAAACCAAAACUAGAAUCUGCCAGCAAAUCCAAGAAAAGGGCUAAAAAGGGUAUAGAGUUGGAUGAAGCAGAAGACGAAGACGUUGUGACAGAGAGAGAAAAUAUCAUCAAUGGUAAUCUCUCUGAACACGAUUCGGCAGUAAAGAUUACAAAUCUCCGCAAGGUUUACAAAAAAUCAACUUGUUGUGGAAAAACAAAAGAAUUUGCAGCUGUCAAGGGUACUUAUUUGUCGAUUGCACAGGGUCAACUGUUUGUCCUUUUGGGACACAAUGGAGCCGGCAAGACCACUACGUUCAACAUGAUGACAGGGUUAUUCGGACCUUCUAGUGGAGAUGCAACCGUGUUUGGACAUUCGAUUGUUACAGGAAUGGAUGAAAUUAGAAAGACAAUGGGUGUAUGUCCACAACACGAUAUUCUAUGGAACGAGUUGACUGGACGUGAACAUCUUGAAAUAUUUGCAUCGUUCAAGGGUAUUCCAGACACGGAAAUUCCCAAAGAGGUUGAAGAACGUCUAAAAGAUGUUGAAUUGACCAACGUGGCCAAUUUACCAACCGGAAAAUAUUCUGGUGGUAUGCGUCGUCGUCUCUCUACUGCUAUUAGUCUUAUCGGCAACCCAAAGAUUGUAUUCCUUGAUGAAUGUACUACCGGUAUGGACGUAUGUAGUAGACGUCAAGUUUGGAAUCUCAUAGAACGUGUAAAGAGAGGUCGUAUCAUCAUUUUGACAACUCAUUCAAUGGAAGAAGCAGACAUCCUAGGCGAUAAAAUAGGUAUAAUGUCCAAAGGUAAAUUGGUAUGUGUAGGAACAUCACUUAGACUCAAGAGCAAGUUUGGAGCAGGUUAUAAAUUGGUUGCACUCUAUGACGCCACCGUUGAUGAUGCAGCAACAAAAAUUGCCAACUUUUUUGAAGUUCAAUUAUCUGUCAAACCAUCUUUAAUGCAAGUCGGCUCACUAGAGUUUAAUGUUCCAAGAUCACAACUCAACAAUUUAAUGGAGUUCUUUGACAAGGUUGAAGCUGCAAAGGCUGUCCUACCACUCACCGAUAUUCAAAUUCGUAUGUCAACUCUAGAAGAAGUUUUCCUUACUAUAGCUGGUCAUGAUGAAUAA